AUACCCUUCCGUUAAUUCCCUUGAUUUCAUUACUCCCGCUCUCGGAUUCGCUUCCGGUGUCGCCCUUUACUUGUCACGCUUCAAAUCCCCCAAUAAUUCGGAUUCGGAUUUGGAUUUGGAUAUCGGUGAGUGGAUCCUGUUCGCGAGUCCGACGCCGUUUAACCGUUUCGUGCUGCUGCGUUGCCCUUCCAUAUCGUUUCAGGAUGGGAACGAGAGGCUGGUGAAGGAGGAGACGCAUUACGUCAUCAUUGACCGUGGGAGGAUUCAGGUUGAUAAGAAGAGAGAGGGGGAUUUGGAAGAGGUGAAGUUGAGUUAUCAGAGAGUGUGCGUGAGUGCACCGGAUGGAGGUGUGGUUUCAUUGGAUUGGCCUGAAAACUUGGAUUUGGAACAAGAGCGUGGCUUGGAUUCUACUCUCUUGCUUGUUCCUGGUACUCCCCAAGGGAGCAUGGAUUACAAUGUAAGGCUUUUUGUCAUUGAAGCUCUCAAGAGAGGGUUUUUCCCUGUUGUCAUGAAUCCCAGAGGAUGCGCUUCUUCACCUCUCACCACUCCCCGGUUAUUUACAGCUGCUGACAGCGAUGAUAUCUGCACAGCUAUAACAUAUAUCAACAAGGCAAGGCCGUGGACAACCUUGAUGGGUGUCGGCUGGGGAUACGGUGCAAACAUGCUGACAAAAUACCUGGCAGAGGUUGGGGAAAGAACUCCACUGACGGCUGCCACAUGUAUAGACAAUCCUUUUGAUUUAGAUGAGGCUACGAGGUCCUCUCCUUAUCACAUUGUUACUGAUCAAAAGCUCACUGGUGGAUUGAUAGAUAUUCUGCGGACCAAUAAAGCACUAUUCCAAGGCAAAACAAAAGGUUUUGAUGUCGAAAAGGCUUUGCUGGCAACAUCUGUACGUGAUUUUGAAGAAGCAAUAUCUAUGGUAUCUUAUGGCUUUGGGGCUAUAGAAGAUUUUUAUUCAAAAUCCAGCACAAGAAAUGUGAUUAGAGAUAUUAAAAUUCCUGUUCUCUUUAUACAGAGUGAUAAUGGGAUGGUUCCGGUAUUCUCAGUUCCAAGGAAUCUGAUUGCAGAAAAUCCUUUCACAAGCUUGCUUCUCUGUUCUUGUUUACCAUCUAGUGUUAUUGAUACUGACAUGUCUGCUUUAUCAUGGUGCCAGCUUCUAACAAUUGAGUGGCUCGCAGCAGUGGAGCUGGGACUCUUAAAGGGCCGUCAUCCUCUUCUGACAGAUAUAGAUGUUAGCAUAAAUCCUUCUAAAGGAUUAGCUGUAGUAGAGGAAGUAAGGUCUGAUAAGAAUGCUAAAGUCAGCAAAUUGUUGGAUUCUACUCGGUCAGAUGCAAAUGGAUACUUUAUCGGUCCUACUAAAUAUUUGCUUGAUAAAAGUAAGAAUGAUGCUAGCCUCCACUUUAGGUCCCAAGAAGAUCUACCAAGGAACUUUGAGCAGGAAGAUAUGAGCUUACAGGUCAAAAAUGGUCUGUUACAGCAGACUAGCUCCACAGACGCAGAUUUGAUUGAACAGGAGAACGAUGCCUCAGUAGAUAGUGAUCAUGGUCAAGUCCUACAGACAGCACAAGUGGUAAUAAAUAUGCUUGAUGUUACCAUGCCUGGUACUCUAACAGAAGAGAAGAAGAAAAAGGUAUUAUCUGCUGUGGGUCAGGGAGAGACACUAAUGAAUGCUUUACAAGCUGCUGUUCCAGAAGAUGUUCGUGGAAAGUUAACAGAUGCUGUGACUGGAAUUUUGCAUGCACGAGGCUCUAACUUGAAGUUUGAUAGGGUCCUUAGCAUUUCUCAGGCUCCUGAAUCAUUAUCAGGGCAAAAGAACCAAGAAAAAUUCCGAGUAUCAGAUGCAGAAGUUAUGUUUGAAGAUCAGUCCUCUUUGAAUCAGAUGAAAAAGACUAGUAGUUCAAGAGAUGGCUCUGAUGAUGCUCCAAAUAGAAUGGGUGAGCCUACUGAAGGAACAGAAACAGAUGUUCUUCCCGUAGAGAAAUCACCAAAUUCUACAAAUAUAACCCAACCUCAACAAUCAAGCGAUGAAAGUGGUGGUUCUGGUUCUUUCAGGAAGGAAACUGGUGAGUCUAGAGACAAUAAUGACACAAAUGAGGAAUUAAAAGAAAAAGCUGUCCAUGAUAUUGAUCAUAGCGAGAAGGGAUUGGAAACAGCCAAACCAUAUAUUCCCAGCCAUACUGAUGGUGCAGGUGGCUUUGAGGCAGCAGCUGUUGCUGAACAGAAGAGCGAAAACAGCGAAAUAGCUCAAACAGACACGAAGGAGGAAAAUAAUAUCCAGAAGGUUGAACAGAAUAUUCAGGAUUUCUCUACUAAUCAAAGUAAAACAACAUCAACUGAUGCAAAAGAAGAAUCAUCUUCACCUUCUAUGUUCUUUGAGCACCAAACAAUGGAAAGGGAAGGUAAUGAUAAUGAGAAGAAAGAUAACAAGAAUAUGCAGCAUAUUUCACACCAAACAAAUGCAACAAAUUCAGAUUCUAGUGCCUCUACCUUCAGUGUUUCUAAAGCAUUGGAUGCCUUAACAGGGAUGGAUGAUUCAACCCAAGUGGCUGUAAAUAGUGUUUUUGGUGUGAUAGAAAAUAUGCUUUCUCAGCUCGAGCAGAGCUCAGAAAAUGAAGAUGAAGUCACGGAUGAAAAAGAUGUUGAACACAAGUUAGGAGAAAAGCAAAAAAGUAAUAAUAGCCAAAUCAAGGAUUCCAACGGAUCUGGUGAUGCUUCUGUAGAUUGUCACCAUAAUGGCAUGUACUUGAAGAGCGAUUCUUGUCAUACAGAGGAACAACUAACUCAAAGCCUCAGCACAAUUGGUGGGAGUGGUGCAUUCAAUUCUCAAAAUUGUAACUCUAAUGACGACCAAUUUAAGAAGGAAAGUAAUACGAAUAGUCAACUGAUUGACAAAAGAUUCCUUCUUGAUAAACCGGAUGGACACAGACAAGUAAAUAGGAUGCCAGAGUUCAUAGCUGCAGGUUCAUAUGGGGACUUUCCUUGCAAUGAAUACCUCGGUAAAUAUCUUGUUUCAAAUAUUCCUACCAAAUCACUCGAUGUAGACACAACAACUGAAUUAUUGCUUGACUAUUUCCCAGAAGAAGGUCAAUGGAAACUCUUUGAACAACCACAAAACAUGGAAAUUGAUUCUGCGAAUACUGAAACUUCUGAAGAGGCUGGGCACAAGAUGAAGGCCUGCUCAUCUGCAAAAUCUUCUAAUGCAGAGCAAUAUAUUGAACCACAAUAUGUAAUAUUAGAUACUGAAAAGCAACAAGAACCUGUUAAAGAGUUCAUUACUACAGACUCUGAGAACAGAACGAUUGAUGCUAUUGAAAAAGAGGAAUUGAUCAAAUUUGUCAAAAAGAGAGUAUUAGAUUCUUUAAAGAUGGAAGUUGGUCGCAAGCUGAAUGCUGCAGAAAUGAUAGAAAUGAAAUCAAAGCUUGCAGGAGAUCUGGAACAUGUGGCAAAUGCAAUUUCACUGGCUGUGGUACAUAGCAAGGUGCAACAAUUAUACACUGGAAGUCAAGGCCAUAAUGUUAAGGGUGCUAUAGAAAAAGUUAGUACUCUCGACGGGGAGCAUAUCAUUAGGGUAAUUUCAUCCUCAGUUCAGCAAACAAGCUGCCUGAGAAAAGUGAUGCCUCUUGGUGUUAUUGUUGGAUCCAUCUUAGCUGCCUUGAGGACAUAUUUUAAUGUAGCUACACUUCAAGAUAAUAGCCAAAGAAGAUCUCUGAGCCAUGUUGAUGGGGAAAAGCCUAACAAAAACAAUUAUGGUAUUGAUGGUGUAACAGAGAUAGUCCGAGUACCUGAAGAGAAAACUAGUUUGGACCAUCCCAUCACAAUAGAAGUGGUAGAAAGUGAAUCAGAAGAUGCAAGCAAAAAUACUGUCAUGGUAGGUGCUUUUACAGCUGCUCUUGGGGCUUCUGCUCUUCUCAUGCCACAGAAGGAUCUGCAACGAGGAACUGAAACUACUGAGAGCUCAUCCACAUUUUUUAAAAUGAAAGAUCACCAUAAAAAGGAGCCCAAAGAGCUUGAGGAAGUCUCUGAGAAGAACCAGAUAAACACAGUCACAAGCCUUGCUGAGAAAGCCAUGUCAGUUGCUAGUCCAGUUGUACCUACUAAAGAAGAUGGUGAAGUGGAUCAAGAAAGACUAGUUGCAAUGCUAGCGGAUUUAGGACAGAGAGGUGGCUUGUUGAGGCUAGUUGGAAAGAUGGCUUUGCUAUGGGGUGGUAUCCGUGGUGCAAUGAGUUUGACAGGCAGGCUUAUCUCAUUCUUGCGUAUUGCUGAACGCCCAUUGUUUCAAAGGAUUUUUGGGUUUGUUGGCAUGGUCCUUGUUCUAUGGUCUCCGACUGCUAUUCCAUUGCUUCCAACAAUUGUUCAGAGCUGGACAGCAAAGACUCCUUCCAAAAUAGCUGAGUUUGCUUGCAUUAUUGGCCUGUACACUGCUAUAAUGAUACUUGUUAUGUUAUGGGGGAAAAGAAUCCGUGGAUAUGAAAAUGCAUUUGAGCAGUAUGGGCUGGACCUGACAUCAUCGCGGAAGCUAUUUGAAUUUUUGAAAGGCUUGGUUGGUGGAGUCAUCUUCAUUUUUUCAAUCCAUGCUAUGAAUGCAUUUCUUGGUUGUGCAAGUUUCUCUUGGCCUUGUAAUCCGCCUUCUUUAGAUGCUUUGACUUGGCUAAAAGUGUAUGGAAAAAUGGGUCUGAUAGUUGUUCAAGGAAUUGUAAUGGCAAGUGCUAUUGCACUGGUGGAAGAAUUGCUCUUUAGGUCAUGGUUGCCCCAGGAAAUCGCAGUUGAUCUUGGAUAUCAUAAUGGAAUUAUCAUUUCAGGGCUAGCAUUUUCUUUCUUGCAGAGGUGUCUACAAGCAAUACCAGGACUUUGGCUUUUAUCUUUGUCUUUGUCAGGUGCCCGACAGAGAAAUGGAGGCAGCCUCUCGAUUCCUAUAGGGCUACGCACAGGGAUGAUGGCAUCCACUUUUAUCUUGCAAAAAGGUGGUUUUUUAACAUAUAAUAAUAAGGGCAACUUUCCUCUCUGGAUAAUCGGAAGUCAUCCAUUUCAACCAUUUAGUGGUUUAGUUGGUUUGUUAUUUUCUUUAUCAUUGGCAAUACUCCUCUACCCUAGACAGACUUCACAAAAAAGAGAAGCUCAGGAAUGAGUAGAAAAUUCAUCUGUGAAAAACAUUAAAAUUAUGAGUUUGGUAAUGCCUUCCUGUUAAUAUGCCAAAAUUGUAAGUGGUUGGUGGGGCAUUUUGAUUCUACUAUGCACAGUACAAGAAAAUGAGAAGUAGAGAAUGGGAAAGACGGUAAUUGAGGGGCAUACAAAGAAAGAUGAAACUUAUGGAAAAUUAAAGGCUUCAGUUCUCUGAGUAUAAUGCAAAAUUCUCAUCUGGAACCUAGAGGCAGGCACCAAUCAUGGUGGGGGUUUUAGAUUUUUGAAAUGAUGUACAAGGUCAAUUUUGUAAGUAGAAGGCUACAGGUUUGUACAAAGUUUUUGACGCUUUCUUUUUGUACUUUAUCAACCAAUCUAAGUGUACAGUAGGAUUGCUGCAAGUUUGGCUAGCUUUGUCACUAUUUAUCAGAACGCUAUAUGAUGCUGAAGAGUCAGUAUAUAGGACCUUAGGUGGGAAUACAGUUAUGUUCUACUCCUUUAUUUCUCUUUUGUUUGCCAUUUUCAGAGGCAUAUUUAUUGUAACACUAAAUCACGAGUGACUCCAAUAUUUUCCAAAGCAAUGAGAAUCCAUGUUACUUACUCUUCAUGAUUUACUGUUAAGCCCCUCCCAUCUUCCAGUCCAAGGAGAAAAGUUGGUUCGAUAGUUGUUGCAAGAUUUCCUGCAUCCACUUGCCAAUCGGUACUCUUUCAUAGAAGGGCAUAAAUGGUCACUUGUAAAUUUUAAGGGUAUUUUUUUCCCUGUAGUUUUACAAACUAUUAUUUUUAUUUUUAU